AUGAUGUGACUAAAAUUUUUGUAAUAGCCUAACAUAGUAUUGUAUCUUGAGAAAAUUAUCUAUAGGUAUUUUCGGGUUCGGGUGGUAAAUUUACUGAUUCGUGGUUAUGAGUGUUUAGAACAGCAUGAAAUCAAAACACAUUUUAAAGCUGCUUCUGUCGAGCAGUGAGCAUCAACAUCAAGAGACUACUGUGACUGUGAAGUGAAGCUGUCGCCGCUCCGCUCAUCCUUGGAACAUUACUUGGAGGAUUUAACUGGAAAGGACGAUGGCGAUAAGAACAAUAACAGAUAAUAAAACUAUAUUUCAACAGAGCAAAAAUCAAAUUCAAAUUUAAGGAUUGUGUGCAUAAAACGUUUCACGCAAUGAACCAAUAAAGUUGGAAAAUCAUGUUGUCGCUACUCUGUUAUGUUUCGGGAUUUGGUGUAUUGUGGUUGUGUGUCAAUAGUGUGUUUGGUGAAGAAUUUUCUUCAUGUCCAUUUUACUGCCAAUGCGCUAGACAGUCAAUUAACUGUAGUAACCUUGAACUGUUUAAACUUCCAAAUGAUCUACCAUCCUGGGUCACCAGUUUGGAUAUGACCAGUAAUCAAUUGAAUUCUGCAACAUUGGACUUCUCCAAGCAGUUGUCACAACUAACAAACUUGAUAGAACUAAAAUUGAACAAAAAUGCUCUCACCAUCAUACCUAUAAAUCACACAUUGAGGAGUUUAACCAAACUUGUUGUUGCACACAAUAGACUAGUGGAAUCUAGCCUGAAAGUUUUGGAAAAACUGCCUAAUCUGCAAGAACUAGACCUCAAGUCUAACUUAUUGUCUCACCUUAACGUUGGUUUAGCACCGAACUCCACCCAUCUUCGUGUGUUAAAUUUAAACAACAAUAAGAUUAGCUUGAUGGAGAAAGGGAGCUUGGAUCCCCUUUCAAAACUAACAGACUUGAAUUUGGCUCGUAAUAACCUCCGAAAUCUGAACAAAGAAGUCUUCAAAAACCUAACAGCUUUAAAAGCAUUGGACUUAAGCAGGAAUCGUUUUUUCAAAGUUGAAGGUCUUUCAUUCAAUGGACUCAAGGCUCUCACGACUCUCAAAAUGAAAUUCAGCUCAAUACAGACACUUGAAGACGGGGCAUUUUUCGGAUUAGAUACCCUCACCACCUUGUACCUGGAUAGCAACAGCAUAAGUGAGGUUACUAAAGGAUGGUUGUUCGGGCUCAACUCACUGCAACUCCUUUCCCUCAGUUCCAACAAAAUACAGUCCAUUGACUCUGUUUGGGAGUUUUGUUCCCAACUUCAAGAACUGGACAUCUCCAACAAUUUACUGAGAUCUAUUGAAAAUAACACUCUCCAGUACCUGUCAAAACUGCAAACUCUCAAUUUGAACCAUAACCAAAUAUCUUAUAUCGCGGAAGGGGCUUUCAACCAUACACCUUCUCUCAUCCAGCUAAACUUGAGCAGUAAUAAAAUUUCCUGGACAAUAGAAGACAUGCUAGGGCCGUUUGUUGGUCUGAAAGUGCUGACAAAGUUGAAUCUUGCGGACAACGCUAUUACGUCUGUGAGUGAGCAGGCAUUGGUAGGAUUGGACAACCUCGAGUACCUUGACCUGUCUAACAACCAUAUCAAGACACUCCAUGAAGCUAGUCUGAACUACUCUCCUCUACUACAAGAGUUGCGUCUAGACUCAUCUGCCUUGGUGUGUGACUGCCACCUAGCCUGGCUGACCACCUACCUGCGCCAACACCACCUACAUGCCACACAGAUGCGGUGCGCCUACCCUAGCCACCUAGCCAACCACUCUCUUACUUCUCUACAACCUCACCAGUUCCAAUGUUCACCAGAUGAUUUCCCAAAACCUGUGAUACUGGAGGAGCCCAGGUCUCAAGUGGCUCUGUCUGGAAGCUCAGUGAAGCUCGGCUGCAAGGCUGUGUCUUCCUCAGACUCAGUGAUGGUGUUCAAGUGGCGUCGCAACAAUCGAGACAUGGCCGAACCUGUCCUACGCUCUGUCAGUGACUCUGACUCUCAUACACACAUCAGUCAGUUACUGCUCACCAACCUGUCAUUGGACGCUAGUGCUCUCUACCAGUGUAUUGUAUCCAACGACUUCGGCACUGUGUACUCCCGCAAGGCUAACCUCUCUGUUUACACCUUCCCGCAGUUAUUAAAAACCCCCAGCAAUGUGACUACCAAGUCAGGUAGCAUGGCUCGGCUUGAGUGUUCAGCCAGUGGCCACCCUUCUCCACAAAUUGGCUGGCAAAAGGACGGAGGUACAGAUUUUCCUGCUGCUCAGGAACGAAGAGUUCACGUCAUGCCAACAGAUGAUGUAUUCUUCAUAGUAAAUGUAAAGCCAGUAGAUUCAGGGGUGUACAGUUGUACAGCACAGAACAUUGCUGGCACUGUGGUGGCAAAUGCUACCCUCACUGUUGUUGAACCACCUUGGUUUGUGAAGAAGAUGGAAGACAAGGAGGUGAGGGCCGGGGAGGCUGUGGUGCUGGAGUGUAUGGCCGGAGGAUCUCCCAAGCCGUGUUUACGCUGGACCAAGGACGGACGACCUUUACAUCUCACAGACAGACACUUCUUCACUGCAGAGGACCAGCUGUUGAUCAUCAUGGACACUCAACUGACAGACGAGGGUGUCUACUCCUGUGAGUUGACCAACACUCUGGGCUCAGAGCGGGGUCAGGUCACGCUCACUGUGCUGCCAGUGUACGACAGCAGUGCAAGUGAGGAAGAUAUGACAGGAGUGAUCAUCAUCACAGUAGUGUGCUGUGCUGUGGGAACUUCCAUAGUGUGGGUCAUCAUCAUCUACCAGACCCGUAAGAGGCUCAACUCCCCCCCUCCUCUACCUCCAGUCCAUCUGGACAACAAGUCUGAACAUUCCAGUAGCAGCAAGGACAGUGGUACUGGAGACUCCACCAAGCGGAGUCAUGAAGACCUUCUCUUGGAGUCAGUGAGCUGUGUGCACCAAGAGGGAGAACAACCGACUGCUCCCGAGGUUACACUGCCUCUGUUAACAAGCUUCCACCCUCAUCCCUACACAGACACCACACCUCCCCCCACUGCAACAGCUGUUUAUAAGGUGCCAUGUUGCUGUGACGGAGGUAGUUCUCCACAUCCCAGGACAGACCACGACCGACAGCCAGGCUACUUGUGUGUUCCAGUCUACCUUCCCCCACACUCACCCUCCUCAUCAUAGCCCUGAGUCUACCCUACAGGAUUUAAUUGUCCCAAACAAGCUCAAAUCAGAAUUUGCUAGACAGCAUUGUUGAUAACAAAUUUAAGGAGUUACAGUAAAAAAACCAUGUACUAAAAUCUGCAUACAUUUUUUAAGUUUAACUUAUUCUUUAUGAAAAAAACCAUGCAGCGGUAUUUCAUUAAAAUUUGUACUACAGAAUGUUGAGUGGUAGGUAAUAUUUAUAAGUAGUGAUGUGUCGAUACCAAAAUUUAUUGAUUCUCGAUACUGAUACCUGAAAAAUUGAUUCUUAAUUCUCGAUACCGACGCCAAUUUUUUUUAAUUGUUUUAUCAAAUUUUCUGAAUGGAUCUCAUGAACACUUCCCGCGACCGUGUAGACAUAAUUAUCAUCUACCGUUGUCGGAAAUGACAAAGUCCGCUAUAGUGGCAAAAUCAUGAACAUCUUCCGUGGCAGUUAAGACACCAUCGUCAACUUCCGUGAUCGCGGCAGAAUCAUGAACAUCUCCUGUGAUCACGGAAACGUCGUUGUCGGUAAUUUUCCACUCACACAGGCGUGACAGAAAUUGGAAUAGAAUUUUUACGAUCGAUUCUCGUUACCGAUACCAACGGCCAAUUUGGUAUCGAGAAUCUGUAUUGAGAAUCAACACAUCAAUAUUUAAAAGGUAUUUUUUUGCACUUCCUCGUUUUCACAAGACUGUUUCAGUAAUACUAGUUUAUGUUUUAAGUAAGAGUGUGUGAGAAUUAUUGUUUAAAUAAGUUUUGUCCAAACGUGUUCACAAAAUGUUUAAUAAAUUACCCCUUGAUUAGGCAUGUUAAAGCCUAAUUUAAAUAAUAUUUAUGAGGAGUGUGAUAAAUAACUACUAUUCACUAUUUGCAUACAGUCUUUUUGAAUAUACAAUUUAAAGAUCACCCAUUUUGGCUUUGGAUGUCCGUUACCUUGGUACGUAUAUCAAAAUAAAUCACUGAAAAUACUGAUCAAUAUUGGAAUAAUCACCCACCCCUACAUUAAAGUAGGCCUAUUACUUGGACUUUAUAAUUUAUAAACUUAUUUUUACCAUUUGUUGGUUUUGAAUACUUAUAGUAUUACAUGUAAAAAGUCAUUACAACAUUGAAGCUGCAAUGUUAAUCUACCACGGUAAAUAUAUGUAAAUAACUGUACAUACAUAGUACCAAAUUAUUUCGGUAGCCCAUUACAAAUUAAAAUUUGUACGAGGGUUGUUUUUUUUUCAACCUCCGAUAGGCU